AUGCGCGUUUCUAGCAUUCUUCCUUUCAUGCUGGCCGCGGCCCCAGCCGUGACAGCCAGAGGUACCCUCGGAUUCUCCCUUGGCGACAAGCUGCCCAGCGGUGACUGCAAGACCACCGAUGAUUACGAAAAGGACUUUGAGGCCCUGAAGGACCUGACCACCUUGGUCCGCACCUACUCCGGCAGCGAGUGCGACACCCCCAAAGAGAUCCUCCCUGCUGCCAAGUCCAAGGGCUUCAAGGUUGUUCUGGGUAUCUGGGUCGGCGCCCAGGACAAGAGCGACACCAGCACCAGCGACCCCUCCUUCGUCAAGGACUUCGCCGCCCUGAAGAAGUACAUCCCCGGCUACGAGAGCCAGGUCGAGGCCAUCACCGUCGGAUCCGAGACCCUGUACCGUGGUGAUUUGACCGGACCCCAGCUCCACAAGUACAUCAGCACCGUUGGCAAGGCCUUCCCCAGCACCACUGUCGGUACUGCCGACUCCUGGAACAAGUUCGCCGAUGGUACCGCCGACGACCUGUUCACCACCAACACCGAUGACAACCCCAUGGUCACCUAUGUUCUCGCCAAUGCCUUUGCCUACUGGCAGGGUACCGCCGCCGACAAGGCGUACCAGACUUACUUUGAUGAUAUGACCGGUGCCAUGAAGCACAUCCAGAAGAUUGCCGGAAGCAAUGCUGACAAGAUCCGCGUUAUUACUGGCGAGACUGGCUGGCCUACGGAUGGUGGUUCCGACUACGAAGCUGCCAAGGCCGGCACCGAUAAUGCGAAGACCUUCUGGAAGCACGGUAUCUGCGGCAUGCUGGCGUGGAACGUGGAUCUCUUCUACUUCGAGGCCUUUGAUGAGUCCUGGAAGCCUGACAGCAUUGGUGACAAUGGUAAGGCUCAGGAUGAGAAGCACUGGGGUCUUUUCACCGAUAAGCGCGUGAAGAAGUUUGACACCAGCUGCCCGAAAUAA